AUGAGUGAGGGAGCUGAGGUCAAUAAGGAGGAUAAUGGUGGUGAGACUGCGUUACACCAUGCUGCUAACAGUGGUCAUAUAGACGUUAUCAAAUAUCUGAUCACUGAGGUCAAUAAGGAGGAUAAUGAAGGCGAGACUGCAUUACACCAUGCUGCUAGGAAAGGUCAUAUUGACGUUAUCAAAUAUCUGAUCAGUGAGGGAGUUGAUUUCAAUCAGGAGAAUAAUGAUGGUGGGACUGCAUUACACCUUGCUGCUAACAAUGGUCAUAUUGACGUCAUAAAAUAUCUGAUCAGUGAGGGAGCUGAGGAGAAAAAUGAUGGUGGGACUGCAUUACACCUUGCUGCUAACAAUGGUCAUAUUGACGUCAUAAAAUAUCUGAUCAGUGAGGGAGCUGAGGUCAAUAAGGAGGAUAAUGGUGGUGAGACUGCGUUACACCAUGCUGCUAACAGUGGUCAUAUAGACGUUAUCAAAUAUUUGAUCAGUAAGGGAGCUGAGGUCAAUAAGGAGGAUAAUGGUCAUGGUACUGCAUUACACCGUGCUGCUAACAACGGUCAUAUUGACGUCAUCAAAUAUCUGAUCAGUGAGGGAGCUGAAGUCAAUAAGAAGGAUAAUGAAGGCGAGACUGCAUUACACCAUGCUGCUUGGAACGGUAAUAUUGAUGUCAUCAAAUAUCUGAUCAGUGAGGGAGUUGAUUUCAAUCAGGAGAAAAAUGAUGGUGGGACUGCAUUACAUCUUGCUGCUAACAAUGGUCAUAUUGACAAUGGUCACAGUGACGUCAUCAAAUAUCUAAUCAAUGAGGGAGCUGAAGUCAAUAAGGAGGAUAAUAAUGGUUUGACUGCAUUACACUGUGCUGCUUGGAAAGGUCGUAUUGACGUCAUAAAAUAUCUGAUCAGUAAGGGAGCUGAGGUCAAUAAGGAGGAUAAUCGUGGUUGGACUGCAUUACACCUUGCUGCUAACAAUGGUAAUAUUGACGUCAUCAAAUAUCUGAUCAGUGAAGGAGCUGAGGUCAAAAAGGAGGAUGAUGAUGGUCGGACUGCAUUACACCGUGCUGCUGAGAAAGGUCAUAUUGACGUCAUCAAAUAUGUGAUCAGUGAGGGAGCUGAGGUCAAUAAGGAGGAUAAUCGUGGUUGGACUGCAGUACACCAUGCUGCUAACAAUGGUAAUAUUGACGUCAUCAAAUAUCUGAUCAGUGAGCGAGCUGAGGUCAAUAAGGAGGAUGAUGGUGGUCGGACUGCAUUACACCGUGCUGCUGAGAAAGGUCAUAUUGACGUCAUCAAAUAUAUGGGAGCUGAGGUCAAUGAGGAGGAUAAUUGUGGUAGGACUGCAUUUCACCAUGCUGCUUGGAACGGUAAUAUUGAUGUCAUCAAAUAUCUGAUCAGUGAGGGAGCUGAGGUCAAUAAGGAGGAUGAUAGUGGUGUGACUGCUUUACACUUGACUGCUGAGAAAGGUCAUAUUGACAUCAUCAAAUAUCUCAUCAGUGAGGGAGCUGAGGUCAAUAAGGAGGAUAAUCGUGAUCGGACUGCAUUACAACAUGCUGCUAACAAUAGUCUUAUUGACGUCAUCAAAUAUCUGAUCAGUGAGGGAGCUCAUGUCAAUAAGGAGGAUAAUGGUGGUUGGACUGAAUUACACCGUGCUGCUUGGAACGGUAAUAUAGACGUCAUCAAAUGUCUGCUUAGUGUUACAGGUGAGGUGAAUCGAAACGCAGAAGAUCAACACGCAUUGCUCCUUAAGGGUGACCCUCUAGAGGUGAAUAAAGCAGACAAUGAAGGGAGAACAGCAUUACACAUCGCCGUUCAGCAUGGUUGCAUUGACGUUGUUAAAUUCCUGCUUAUAAGUGGAGCACGAAGUGACACAGAAGACAAU